AUGGCGCGCGUCAGGAAGCCCGUGGCUCCCAAGGGGGAUGUUCAGGCUGAAGAGACCUGUCACCAAAAGGUUCCCGAUCUUCCAGUCGAGCUAUGGCUUCAGAUCGCCGAAUUUUUGAAGCCGGAGGAUAAAGUGAGGCUUUUGGGAGUGAAUCGACUGUUCUUCGAACUGGCUAUGGACCAAUUGUAUCGAAAUUUGAGCCUAGUCUCCUCCGACAUAGGCGUAUUCAUCGAAGCGAUGAACACCUUAAAGAACCCGACCGUGGCGCGGCGCGUUCGUACUGUGACUAUCUGGCCCAAUUCUAUGCUUGCAGCAAUCAAUAGCGACAAGAACCAAUUCGAGAGACUUCACCGGCGCGCUGCACAAGUUGCGCAGAGGGUCGAAUCAGAGGGCUUUCUCUCCCGGAUGAAACGGAAAGUCAUCAAAAACGACGUUCAACCUCCGGUCUCAACUUCCAACACUUUCCUACCCCGUUUAGAGAGGAAGAAGCUCUUUAUCGAAGGGAUGGCCCGUCUUUCCAAUGUGGAAGAAGUCGCAGUGUAUUUGGGAAAAUACGCCGGCAUACCAACUCUCAUUGAUACUAAUUUCCUUUCUGAAUGCAUGCAAGCUCUAUGGGCUUCGGUUCGACAAACGGCGCGUUGCGUAUCCUUUGACAUUCCAACUUCGGCGUUUGAUUCCAUUGCGCAAGCAACGAUGGACAACCUCCCCUCUCAGCUCUUCCGACUGGAGCUCUUGUUGCGCUGUCCGACAAAGCGUUUACCCCCGGUUGCUGAACUAGCGAACCUAGCUUCGCCGGUUGCCACCUUCGUCAAGACCGCCUUCGACACCGUCGACACCCUCAAAUCGUUGAAGCUCUUCGCUGACAUACCCGGUCUCUACGAGGCCCUCCCAGUCAUUCCACAAAUGAGGUGUCUCGCCCUUGAAGACUCCGUUCUCCUUCGACGAGCUGGCGAGAACGGCUCCAAGUUGCACGAAUUCCUCGUCAAGAAUACACAGCUCGAGGACCUCACUCUCAUCAUCAGCUACUGGCCUUGUCCACCCAUCAGCCCAACGGAGGAGAGAGUCCUACCAAAUCUGAAGAAGCUAGCCAUAGCUCUCCCAGAUCGCCUUUUCAAAUGCUCCAGAUCCGCCGCAUUUCUAUCUUCGAUUUCCCAGAACGUUACAGAGUUGACGUUGAAAUCGCUCUCCUACUAUUCCGAUCUGAAGGUCCUAUUCGACAUCCUGUCCCGCGCCGACAGGGAGACCGGCACUCGCACCACUCAGCUCCGCAAGCUCGAAGUUACCCUAUCAGAGCUUAGCCCUGCUUCAAUUUCUCUCAUCGCGAAAUGGUGCCCUCACCUUGCUGAUCUCAAACUCACCAUCACCCUUUUGGUCGAGCAAGAUCAGACGGAGCAGUUUGAGCCUUCCUCGCUCAUCUACCGGCGCGUUGUCCAAAGCGCCCGCGAUCAAAGGCACUCAGGGGCUUUCCGUUCUUGGGCGCUUAAUGAUCUCACAAUCAAGCAGUGGGUGUAUGGUCAAGGCCAAACCCACAACUGGGAGGCCAUGAGUGCCAUAGCAUCUGUAACUCCGUCAAUUACAAGCUUCGUGAAUCGCGGACAUAUGCGAAAGGCCGGUUUGUCAGAUUUCGACACCAAGUUGCGGGUCAUCGACAUUGGGAAACGCUCGGAGGUUUGGACAUGA